AAGCUCUUAGCUACCUGUAAUGUGUCAAAACUGUGAUGGUACACACCUCAGAAAACAUGGAAUGCUGACCCCGCCUAUAGCCGUUGUUGAUUGGUCAAAAGUUUAUAUGGUCCCGCCUUUCGCCUGCUGGUUCUAAACCGAACCAAAUCACUCAUACCCACAGGCGAUCGAGGUUAACGACACCUAUCAUAACCCCUACCGUGAUUCAUUACGAUUUUGCAAACCUGAUGACUACUUCUUGCUCAUAGUUUGCGGAAGAAUACAGGAGAGAUUAGUUUUACUUUUUUUUUAUUUUUUAUUUUUUUACUAAGUUUCUAGUGCGCUCAGAGAGCGAGUUCUUAAAAUCUGUAUGGGAAUACUUUGUAACACGGAAACGUACCUUCUUAUUCUUGGAAGUCGUCCAACGCACCUGCAAGAAGGAAGAAAACAACUUUUGGAAGAAACUUUCCGUUUCAGGUUUGGCAACGGGCGUCCGUCCGAUCCCUGCAGUGAUUUAAAAUUUAAACGUUACCCCUCAAUGCGCAACGUACACUUUGGCAGCCAAGCACAUAUGGAUUCUACAUAGGAUGGGAUGUACUCAUUUUAUUAAUUUCAAAGUUUCAGACAAACUUUGGCUGUUACGCGGCGCUUCUGACAAGUGCCCACAAACUUCUGCUUGACUUGUGUCCUUAUCAACUCAACCGUGCCCUCCCCGACACACCGCUGACACGGGCCCAGCGAGAGAGCGCACCGGCCGGCUGCCGUCAUGGGCUGGCAUACGUAUCCUGGAGCUUUCACGGUAUGGAGAGUGACUGUUCUAGUGAUUGAGCUGGUUUGCACGGCCCUGGGGAAGAGGCACGUGGUCUACUGGAACUCCACAAACACAAAGCUGGUGAGUGGGGACUACUCCAUUCAGGUGGAUCUGAACGACUACCUGGACAUCCUCUGCCCACACUACCCUGCUGACCUCCCGUCGUCCUCGUCUCCCCCGGAGACGCUGGCGCUCUACCUGGUGCCGGAGGCGGGCUUCCGAGGUUGCCACGAGACGCGGGGCGCCAUCAAACGCUGGGAGUGCAACAGCCCCUACGCCCCGUACGGGGCCGUGCGCUUCUCCGAGAAGAUCCAGCGCUUCACGCCGUUCUCCCUGGGCUUCGAGUUCCUGCCCGGACACCACUACUACUAUAGCUCGCUCUCUACAGAUGAUGGCCCUCCCCUGCCCUGUAUGAAGAUUCGAGUCACAGUGUGCUGCGAGUCCACAACAGCUGGGCCAGAGCGAGAACAAGGAACCCCGGCUCCUCGCAGCAGAGUUGAUCCUGUAACGAGCGGCUCACGUCGUCCUCCUCCUCUCCUCCUUUUCCCUCUUGUCUUGGUGCUCCUGUCUGUCUGAUUUCCUGCCUCUCGCAGAGCCGCACACACUCAUAGAGAAGCGUACACAAUGAGGGAGAGCGCCAAUUCACAAGUUGUGUGCAAAAAAAAAAAAAAAAAAAAUCCCUACAGUGCUUUAUCUCUCUGCAGUUCCCGUAGUGGCACUAAUCUCUGUCUCCAUUUCCCCUCAUCUUUUCUCUUUGUCCAUCAACUCUUCUUUUGUCUCUGUUCUUUCCUCCUGCUUCUGUCCUCGCCUCUCCUCUCCUGACUUCAGAGUCUCCUGUAACAGACCGACACUAAUCUGGCCUUCAAAGAACUGCACUCCUGUGUCUGACCAGUUAGUGUUUUAAUCACUCUUCAAUUGUGGAGAGCUUUUCUUUCCUGUUUUUGUACCUUUUUCUUUCUUUCUCUGUCUCUCUCUCUCUUUCUUUCGACUUUCUCUUCCUUUACUUUUCUCCCUCCGCCUCCCCACUCUGUUGCUGUACAUAAUCACCAAACUGAGCCAAAGAGGAAGGAAGUGGACCCGCGAACUCUGACCUCUCACCCCUGACCUCCUCAAACACUACUGAGUCAACUGUCAGACAGCUAGGCAAGAGUCACUGUGGCUGACUUUUUGUUUUUUGGUAUUUUGUUUUUCUGUCUGCCUUUUUUCACUCCAAGUUGACUUUGUGUAGGUUUUGAACAGGUUUCUAUAAAAUGGAAAUGACUUAAAUACUGAAGUACAGAAAAACAGCUGGUUCACACUCAUUCUGGAGCAUUCAGUUGUGCUUCACCAUUAUUUUGAUUAAGAAACUGUACAAGACCGUCUGUUUUGAUAAACUCCUAAAGGUGUCAAGGACAGGAUGUCCCCACAGGAUCUGUUAACAGGGCUGAAUCUGGAAGAUUACAGAAUCCCUCUAGGGUCUAAUGGAUUCCCAUCAGUUUAAUAGGAUUCCUCUGGACUAAAUUGGAUUUCUCUGGAAUAACCUGGAUUUCUCUGGAAUAGGCUACAUUUAUUCAGAAUAAUCUGAAAUAAUCUGAUACAACCUGAAUUUGCCUGUGUCGGAAAUGACAAAAUUGACCCACUGAUUGGAUUCUCAGGAAGCGAGCUGUUCACUUCCUCCUUGGCAUUGACAGUGACCCUGGAUAACACCUUACAGACCACAUUCCAGUGCUGAAGAAUCUGAUUGGUUAAAGACUUGUUCUCAUCUUCACAAUGGAUAAACUCAAUGUGGUUAGAUAUUUUGAGCACUUAGCCCAGUUCAUCAAUGAAAGGAGUAUGUUGCUACAUUCAUUUUUAUUUUUAAUUUUUUCAAAUGUUGUGUUUAGUUGACCAAUCCUUCUGAGCUUUUUUGGACCCCAUAAAAGUGAUUUUUGUGUUGUUGCCCUCUGUACAAACUGUAUGAUUAUAUAUAAAAAAAAUGCUGACAGCUGACAUUGCUGGUACUUUCCAAAUUUUUAUACGUUUUGUAUAAUAAUUCCUGUUUGGUAAAAUAAUUUAAAAACGUUCAGAGAUAGAAUUUAUUUUUACACAACAGAAGGGUUUGUAGUAAUCAUUUUAAACUAUUUUCAUAGCUCACAGAGUAGUGUGUGUCGUUGUAGAUAGAGCUUUGUGAAUUAUAAGUAUGUCUCCCGUCUUAUUUUCUACAUCCCAUCAUAUUCUUCAUUUUGAUUUUAGAAAUUGGAUUAAUAGAAAAUUAAGUCAAAUUAUUACUAUAUUAAUUUUUCAUAACUGAAUUGUGUAUUAGGUUUAUACACUCAUUUAACAGUAAAGAGCUGUUCUGUUAACUGGGAUGUUUAUAUAUUUGGGGAAAAAAUUGUUACAACGGUUUUGGAAUUGUUAAAAAAAUCAUAAAAAUAGCUUUAAGAGUAUACAAUGGCUUACAUAGAUUUAUAUGGUUAAAAGAAACAAAACAAAAAAAAAAACAUUUUUAUUUGUUUGACAAAUAAUGAAGGCCAUGUCAUUUUCUCAAAUUCCAUCUUUUUUUUUUUUUAUUCUUUAAUUUGUUAAUAUUUCCCCUCUCUAGAUCACGGAAAGGGAAGUUAUGACUUGAAUUUAUGGGAUUCUAGAAUACGAAUCAAGUUCACUCUCGGAGCACAGUACAAUCAGUUCAUAGAGGAAUCAACUUUUUUUUAUACUGGACAAUUAUGUGUUUUUGUUUGUUUUUCACAUUUUAGUGAAGAAAUUAGCAUCUUCUGUGAAGAACUGUGGUCUGUGUUUAUAAGGCAAAAAAGAACAGAAUAAAAACUAUGACUUGCACUCA